CCCAUCGGGUCACAUGGCCCGCGGGACAACAUGGCUGCGCCCGCGCUAGUGCCAGCUAGUGGACAAUGCACUGCGUUCAAGCCUGUCCUCCUGCUGCUGCUGCUCUUGCUGCUGUGCCGGGCAGCGAGGAGCGAGGAGGCCGGGACCGGUGCAGGCGCCGCGUCCCUUGCGGGCUCUUGCGGCUGCGGCACGCCCCAGCGGCCCGGGGCACAUGGCAGUUCGGCGGCCGCGCACCGAUACUCCAGGGAGGCGAACGCCCCGGGCCCGAUCCCGGGAGACCGGCCGCUCGCACCCACCAAGAUGGUCCUCAUCCCUGCCGGAGUGUUCACCAUGGGCACAGAUGAUCCGCAGAUAAAGCAGGAUGGGGAGGCCCCUGCGAGGAGAGUUGCUGUCGAUGCCUUUUACAUGGAUGCCUACGAAGUCAGCAAUGCUGAGUUUGAGAAGUUUGUGAACUCAACUGGCUAUUUGACAGAGGCUGAGAAGUUUGGUGACUCCUUUGUUUUUGAAGGCAUGUUGAGUGAGCAAGUGAAGACUGAUAUCCAGCAGGCAGUUGCAGCUGCUCCCUGGUGGUUACCUGUGAAAGGUGCUAACUGGAGACACCCAGAAGGGCCGGACUCUAAUGUUCUGCACAGGCAAGAUCAUCCAGUUCUCCACGUCUCCUGGAAUGAUGCGCUUGCCUACUGCAUGUGGGCAGGGAAGCGGUUGCCCACAGAAGCUGAGUGGGAAUACAGCUGUCGAGGGGGCCUGCAAAAUAGACUUUUCCCCUGGGGCAACAAACUGCAGCCGAAAGGCCAACAUUAUGCCAACAUUUGGCAGGGUGAGUUUCCGGUGACCAACACUGGCGAGGACGGCUUCCGAGGAACUGCACCCGUUGAUGCCUUUCCUCCCAAUGGUUAUGGCCUGUACAACAUCGUGGGAAAUGCAUGGGAGUGGACUUCAGACUGGUGGACCGUUCACCAUUCUGUUGAAGAAACAGUUAAUCCUAAAGGCCCCCCUUCUGGGAAAGACCGGGUGAAGAAGGGUGGAUCCUACAUGUGCCAUAGGUCCUACUGCUAUAGGUAUCGCUGUGCUGCUCGAAGCCAGAACACACCUGAUAGCUCUUCUUCAAAUCUGGGAUUCCGCUGUGCAGCCGACCACCUGCCCACCAUGGACUGAUAGCCGAGAAGAGCCUUUCCAAAUCCAAGAAGUCAUGUCUAAUCUGCACUGGGCUUCCCUCAGAACUUUGAAUGAUCGUGCAAAGAAUUCUCACUCCAAAGUGGGUUACAUCCCUGCCCAGUGGCCAAGGGAACCAUUGUGUGGGACCAAAUCGCUGACCUGUGUCGGUCACGUGCUUUAUUGUGUGGUGCAUCUUUGGAGAGUCUUUUAAAGAGAAAGGGGAGUGAAGGAUCCCUAAAUGAGGCUUCGGGAGGCCUGAGUCCUACCCAGGUUCUGCCCCAGGGGUUAGACUCUGGGGUCCAACACUUGAUCUUCCUGGGCCUCCAAGCCCUGUCACAGCAAACAAGGGUGAACAACAUGACCGCUCUCAAAUUCUAAGAGUGAUAUCAGAAUAUAUUGUGAUUUCAUAGUGAGAAUUUAUGGCAGAUUAUUUUUUAGCUAUUUUUUUCCAUAUGUGAACCUUGGGUGAUACUAAUCAUGUAAAGUAAGAGUUCUCUUACAUAUUAUUUUCAGAAUAGGGUGGGGGUGGUGAUGAGUCCUUUAUAUUCAUACUGCACUUUGUGUUCUUGUACAUUGCUAUGGUGUAUCCCAUGGGGCCAGUGAUGGUUUGCUAGAGCUUAGGAGUCUGAACACACAGAAUGUCUGUGGGGUGACUCUACUGUGCUUUAUCUUUCAACAUUAAGUGCCUUUGGUUUGGAGGGGCAGUUAUAAGCCCUGUUUCCCCUCUCCCCAAAGCCUUCGGUGAAUGUAAAAUGUGCUAAAUAGGGAAACCCGUUUAAUUCUGGAAGUAGGGAAAAGGAACCAGGACCUUGAAUUGGGUAUAUUCAGGUAUCAUCGAGUAUUUUGUAAUAGAGAAGUAGGAAAUCUUGUUGUCUAUGGAAUAUCAGAUGCUUUGAGUCAUGCACUAUGUCAAAUAAAGUGGUUUCUGCUAAAUCAGG